AGCAACCUGGACUAGUGGAAGAUGUCCCUGCUUCGUGUCAAGGAACCAGGACAUUCUGGGAAACUCCUCAGUGUGAUUUGCACCACACUUGUGUCACAGCUGGCUUGGACCCUUUGGAACUGGAAAUGAGGCUUGUUUCAGGCAGUGGCUCUAAAAAUCAUUCUGAGUGACAGCCUUGGAUUGGCACAAGGCGACCUCAUCCAAGGCCCAGGAUCCUCUCCUGGUGCAUUCAGAAGGUGCUGCUGGAGGAAUUAACACUGAUUUGAACAGCUCAAAAGGAAUGAUCUAAUUGCUCAUCAUGAAUGGAACAGAAAACAAUUCUGACACCAAGCAAGAGAAGCCUGGCUCAGGAGGUGCCAUCACUGCAAUCAGAGAAGGUUUCAGGGAGCUGGAGAAGGACCACGUGCAGCCCAGGCCCAGCUCUGACUCAGGUGGUGAAGGCACAGCACCAUUUUUCCUUUUGUGGCAAGAAGUUUUGAAGCAUCUUCCCAAAGACAGCAAUAACUGUGAGGAGCUGAACCCUGAAGCUCAUCCUUGUUUCCUGGGAGUGUUUACUGGGCAGUGCAAGGAGGGGAGGCCACAGGCACAAGGAUUUUAUGGCCCCUAUAAAAGCUGCACACAGCUUUUCCUCCAUUUGCUGCUGUUAACUGCAACAUUUGGGAUCAUAUGGCACUUUGAGUGCUCUGAUUUAUGGGGAGGCAGCAACUGCAUCUGUAAUAAACAUUCUAAAGGCUGAGUUGAAGAGCAAUCCACUGCAUUUAUUUGGGAUAUAAACACUCCCCUGCAAUGCAUGUGGGAAUCAGCCCAGGCUGAACUCACAGCCAGAGCUUCAAGGUCACAGCCAAGCUGGAAGUCACUGGGGAGAAAGGUCUCUGAAAAGACGAGUAUCAAGUGAAAUGAAGCGUUUGAUGUGCAAGAGGAGUUUGCAGCUGAUCCACAACGUGAUACCUGCAUGUUUUCAGAAGUUGUUUGGACUUUCCUCUGUGGUUCCUUAUCAAAUUCAUGGCAGAGUGAAUGUGGUAAAACUCAGGCCUUUGCUUUCUGCACCUUGAAAAGGCAGCUACUUCUGCUACGACAACCCCGCCGCUCUGCAGACCCAGGUUCAGCGGGACAUGAAGGUGAACACAGCCCAGUUCAUGGCUCUCUAUGCCUGGUACUCCUGGCCCAACGUGGUGCUGUGCUUCUUUGGAGGUUUCCUGAUAGACAGAGUGUUUGGAAUCCGGUUGGGCACUAUCAUAUUCAGCAUCUUUGUGUGUGCUGGGCAGGUGGUGUUUGCUCUGGGAGCUCUGUUCAACACCUUCUGGCUGAUGGAAGUGGGCAGGUUCAUAUUUGGGAUUGGUGGUGAGUCCUUGGCUGUGGCCCAGAACACCUAUGCAGUGAGCUGGUUCAAGGGCAAGGAGUUAAACCUGGUGUUUGGAUUGCAGCUCAGCAUGGCCAGAAUUGGGAGCACGGUGAACAUGAACAUUAUGGGAUGGAUCUACUCCAGAGUUCAGGAUCUCCUGGGCUCUGCUGGUCCCAGCACCCUCGGCCUGGCUCUGCUCAUAGGUGGAGUCACUUGUGUGUUCUCACUGAGCUGUGCUUUAAUCCUGGCUUACCUGGACAGGAGAGCAGAGAAACUGCUUUGUAAGGAGCAGGGGAAAACAGGAGAAGUGAUCAAGCUGACAGAUGUGAAGGAUUUCUCCUUGUCCUUGUGGCUCAUCUUUGUCAUCUGUGUCUGUUACUAUGCUGCAGUUUUCCCUUUCAUUGGCCUGGGCAAGGUUUUCUUUAUUGAAAAAUUCCGAUUUUCCCCUCAAGAAGCCAGUGCAAUUAACAGCAUCGUGUACAUCAUCUCAGCCCCCAUGUCCCCAGUGUUUGGCCUUCUGGUGGAUAAAGUUGGCAAGAACAUCAUCUGGGUGCUGUGUGCUGUGCUCACCACCCUGGGAUCACACAUCCUGCUGGCCUUCACCUUCUGGAACCCCUGGAUAGCCAUGUGCCUGCUGGGUGUGGCCUAUUCCCUGCUGGCCUGUGCCCUGUGGCCCAUGGUGGCCUUUGUUGUCCCUGAGCACCAGCUGGGAACUGCCUAUGGCUUCAUGCAGUCCAUCCAGAACCUGGGCCUGGCAGUGAUUGCCAUAGCAGCUGGCAUGAUCCUGGACACCAGGGGCUACCUGUUCCUCGAGGUCUUCUUCAGUGCCUGUGUCUGCUUGUCACUCAUAGCUGUGGUCAUGCUGUACUUUGUGAAUCACCUCUCAGGUGGUGACCUCAACUGGUCUGCAAAGAAAAGGGCAAAACUGCAAAAAGCAGCUGCUUCAGAAGCAGAAGAGCAGGAGAGGCUCAGAAGGCAGAACGAAGAUGAUUUGGCAAAAUUGCUGCCCAAAGCUGAUGCCUUUAGUUUAAGGAAUAAAUACCUGUCCAAACUGGGAGCUCAGCUCCCAGCUCAUUACUGCUCCUGUUUCUCAACCCUGGCUCACAGAAGUGUGUUGAAAUAGCAGCUUGGCCCUGUGGAAAAGCAGGAAUACACUGAAUUUCAGCAUAGCAGAUGCUCCAUGCUUAGCUGCAAGCCUAGAUCCUAGAUUUAAAAUAUUGCCUGAAACUCCUCCUCCCUGGGCAGUUCAGAGAUCCUGGUGGGGAAUUGUGGCUCUGGUGGAACCUCUGAGUGCCUGCUCCUGCCUCCUGUCCUCUCCUCUGAGUCAGGGCCAGGGUGUGAUCUGGGAAAAUCCAACAGUGAAAUUGCUGGGAUGAGCCUGGAUGGGGGUGAAGCUUUUCCAGCCUCUCCUCUUGGACACUUUUCUGGGAGAAAAAGGUGAGGAAAAGCUCCCAGGUGAAUAUUUCAGAGGAAUCUCCAAUUCCAGAAUACAAAAAGUGCUCACCCUGGGAUCUAUUCCACUCAUGAACAGCAAUAACCUCUCCAAGCCUGAAUAAUGUGAAAACUGAUAUUUUUUUUAACAGUUAGUGACUAAAAACUGUAAAAAGAGUUAAAGCAAGAGCUGAAUUUUGCUUCCAGAGGAAAAUCCUUGAAUUCCAUGGUGGAACUCAUCAUUUUCCCAUCGUUUCAGUUCCCAGAGCUCCUGCAGAGGGUAUUUUGCUUUGGUUUAAUUACUCCUCAAGGUAAUUGGAUAAAUCAUCCUGAACUGAACUUUAAAGGACUUUAAAUGGGAUUUUGGAGCCCCAGGAGCUGGGGAAUGUUCUGGGAUGGCUCCAGGGAAUCCUCAAGAAGCUCAGGAGCCUCUGAUGGGUUUGGCUGCAGAGUGGGGAAUCUGUUAAAUCAAAAUAUUACAGUUGAUGUAGAAUAUUCCUAAUUUAAUGUUUUUAAUUCAAGCAGAACUCACAAAGUUGGUUUGAAAAAGAGACUUUGCAGUGGAGAUUUCUUUGAUAUCCUGGAAAAUUCUGAUCUUCCUGAAGGACCUUUGGGGUGAGAGUUGUGGGUUCUGAAGGACAAUGUGGGGAAGCAAAGCAGCACUUUGGGAGCUCUGCUGGUUUUUUUGCUCCUUUCUGGGCUCAGAACCAGCACUGGGGGUUGCAUGGGUGCUUUCCUUGUAGAAUUGUGAAUUUGGGGUGUUUUUAAAUAAAACCUUCUGUUGGACACUGGCACCUGUGGUUUUUGAGGGUGGUGUUGCCUUU